AUGGAAAAGAUUCACAUCUUCAGUAAAUUAAUCCCUUCUUUAUCAUUCCCCUCUUACAAUGCCACCCAAUUUGACUGUAAUGUCCCAGCAAUGGUCCAUGCAAAUUCCAACAAUGUCUCAAUGACCAAAGCUUCAAACCCAAAAUCAAUGGAUGCCCAAUUGAACCAACUAUGCAUUAAUGGCUCCCUGAGUGAAGCUGUGACUCUUCUUGAUUCCAUAGCUGAACAAGGGUCUAAGGUUAGACCCAUUACCUAUAUGAACCUGUUACAGUCAUGCAUUGAUAAAGACAAUAUUUUGGUGGGUAAUGAAUUGCAUGCUAGAAUUGGGUUGGUGGAAAGAGUGAACCCUUUUGUGGAGACUAAAUUGGUGAGUAUGUAUGCUAAAUGCGGACGUUUAGAUAAGGCCCGCGAAGUGUUCGAUGAAAUGCAUAUGAGGAAUUUGUUUACUUGGUCUGCUAUGAUUGGUGCUUGUUCAAGAAACAAGAGAUGGGUGGAGACUGUGGAGCUCUUCCAUGAGAUGAUGGAGUAUGGGGUUUUGCCGGAUGAGUUUUUGCUUCCGAAGGUUUUGCAGGCGUGUGGAAAGUGUAGGGAUUUAGAGACUGGGAGGUCUAUUCAUUCCUUGGUCAUUCGGCUUGGAAUGCGCUAUACUGAUCGUGUGGGAAAUUCGAUUAUGGCUGUGUAUGCCAAGUGCGGGGAGAUGGAUCAUGCAAAGAGGAUUUUUGAGUGUAUGGAUGAAAGGGAUAGUAUUGCGUGGAAUGCGAUGAUAUCUGGGUUUUGUCAGAACGGUGAGAUUGAACAAGCGAGGAAGUAUUUUGACGCAAUGCAAAAAGAAGGAAUUGAUCCUGGAUUGGUAACUUGGAACAUUUUGAUUGCAUGUUAUAAUCAGUUAGGGUAUUGUGAUCUUGCAAUUUGUUUAAUGAGAAAGAUGGAAUGUUUUGGUGUUACUCCAGAUGUAUAUACUUGGACUUCAAUGAUUUCUGGCUUUGCUCAAAAGGGUAGGAUAAGUCAUGCUUUAGAUUUGUUGAGAGAAAUGUUUUUAGCAGGUGUUGAGCCCAAUAGCAUUACGAUUGCAAGUGCAGCAUCAGCAUGUGCAUCCUUAAAAUCGUUGAGUAUGGGAUUAGAAAUACAUUCUAUUGCUGUUAAGAUGAAUUUGGUUAGCAAUGUACUAAUUGGUAAUUCACUGAUUGAUAUGUAUUCCAAGUGUGGAAAUCUUGAAGAUGCUCGACACAUUUUUGAUUUGAUGUUAGAGAGAGAUGUGUAUUCUUGGAACUCAAUUAUUGGUGCAUAUUUCCAAGCUGGUUUCUGUGGCAAAGCUCAUGAGUUAUUUACGAAAAUGCAGGAGUCUAAAUCACCACCCAACAUUGUUACAUGGAAUACAAUGAUCACAGGAUAUAUGCAGAGUGGUGCUGAGGAUCAGGCAUUGGGUCUUUUUAAAAGCAUUGAGAAAGAUGGGAAAGUUAAGAGAGAUGCAGCUUCAUGGAAUUCAUUAAUAUCCGGUUUCAUACAAAGUGGACAAAAGGACAAGGCAUUACAGAUAUUCCGGAACAUACAGUUUUGUCAGAUAGCUCCCAACUCGGUCACAAUACUAAGUAUCCUUCCUGCUUGUGAAAAUUUAGUGGCCAGCAAGAAAGUGAAAGAAACCCAUUGUUUUGCAGUGCGUAGAAAUUUAGUGUCUGAACUUGCUGUAUCAAAUUUAUUAAUUGAUAGUUAUGCCAAGUCAGGAAAUUUAAUGUACUCGAGAAACAUUUUUUAUGGGCUGUCAUGGAAAGAUGUCGUCAGUUGGAACUCUAUGCUUUCCGGUUAUGUUUUACAUGGUUGUUCAAAGUCUGCACUUGAUCUUUUUUAUCAAAUGAGGAGGCAAGGACUUCAACCAAAUAGAGGUACUUUUGCAAGUAUUCUCUUAGCUUACGGUCAUGCCGGAAUGGUGGAUGAGGGGAAGAGUGUUUUCUCUUGCAUCACUAAAGAAUACUUGAUUAGACCAGGUUUGGAACAUUAUUCUGCUAUGGUAUAUUUGCUCGGUCGUUCCGGUAAGCUUGCUGAAGCACUGAAGUUUAUUCAAAACAUGCCCGUUAAACCUAAUUCCUCUGUGUGGGAUGCCUUGCUGACCGCCUGCAGAAUUCAUAAAAAUUUCGGAAUGGCAGUCCUUGCAGGAAAAUGUCUGCUUGAGUUGGGACCUGGAAAUAAUACAACCCGAUAUUUACUUUCACAAGCAUAUUCCUUAUGUGGGAAGUUUGAUCUGGAGGAAGAAAAGGCUGUUAAUAAACCUGUUGGUCAAUGCUGGAUUGAAAGGAAUAACACCGUCCAUACUUUUGUAGUUGGUGAUCAAUCAAACCCGUAUUCGGAUAAGCUAUAUUCUUGGCUAAAACGGGUAGCUGUAAAUGUCAAGAGACAGACACAUGUUUUUGACAGUGAAUUUUGCAUUGAGGAAGAGGAGAAAGAAAAUACCAGUGGCAUGCAUAGUGAAAAACUUGCAUUUGCUUUUGCUCUGAUAGAUUUUCACAACACUCCUCAAAUUUUACGGAUAAAUUCUGAGGAUUCCGUAAAGAAACCUGCCUCUGUUGGGCCAUGGGGAGGCAAUGGAGGGUCCCGUUGGGAUGAUGGGAUAUACUCAGGAGUAAGGCAAUUGGUGAUAGUUCAUGGGGCAGGAGUUGACUCAGUCCAGAUUGAAUAUGAUAAGAAAGGAAGUUCUAUUUGGUCAGAGAAACAUGGUGGAAGUGGAGGAAAUAAAACUGACAAGGUGAAACUUGAUUAUCCAAAUGAGUUCUUAACUUCAAUUCAUGGAUACUAUGGUAGCUUAACUCAAUGGGGGAACAACUUAGUUCGGUCACUGAGUUUUGAGAGUAACAAGAAAACUUAUGGACCAUUUGGUGUCGAGCAAGGGACAUAUUUUUCAGUACCAACAACUGGGGCCAAAAUUGUUGGGUUCCAUGGCAAGUGUGGUUGGUACCUAGAUGCCAUUGGAGUCUAUAUGAAGUCCUUGAAGCAACCAAAUCCAUCCAAAAGUUUGGCUCAUUCGGGCCACAUGACUAACACUAAUGAGAGUUUUGGUUAUUCUUUGAUACAAGGAACUGUGAACCAGAACUACGAUAUUGUUGUUGCUGUAAGACAGAAAGAUUUGAAAGAUGAUUUCAGUAAGCCUAUACCAAACAAGGUAUCAGGGAAGAUUUCUACCGUCAAAGAAACCAACAACAUUGAACACAAAGAAAAGAUAACACAUCCAGAAAAGUCAGCAGCAAAGGUUGAUGGUGUAUGUACAUAUGGUCCUUGGGGUGGCAUUGGUGGAUCUAUAUUUGACGAUGGAACCUAUAAAGGAAUCCGGCAAAUCAAUUUGUCGCGCAAUGUUGGAAUUGUAUGGAUUAGAGUUUUGUAUGAUCAUGAUGGGGAUGCCAUAUGGGGAUUCAAACAAGGCGGGACAGGAGGAUAUAAAAGUGAUAAGAUAGUAUUUGAUUUCCCAUAUGAAGUCCUGACUCAUAUAUCUGGCUACUAUGGACCUUUGAUGUACAUGGGGCCGGCUGUUGUAAGAUCUCUUACUUUUCACACCACAAAAAAGAAGUAUGGACCAUUUGGGGAAGAACAAGGAACUUAUUUCACCACAAAGGCCAAAGAAGGUAAAAUCGUCGGUAUUCAUGGGAGAAAAGGUCUGUUCCUUGAUGCUUUUGGUGUACAUGUGGUAGAAGGGAAAGUAGUAGUACCGGCAGCAGCUCAUCCAAAGGAAAUCACCCCUAGAGAAACAAAUAUUGGUGAGGGCGGUGCUCAUUGGCCUAACAAACUGUUACUUACUAAGCCCGCAGCAGCUGAAGAGGUUUCUUGUGGUUUGAUCAAAGAACCAGCUUCAUGUGGAGCAGGCCCUUGGGGUGGAGAUGGAGGUAGACCUUGGGAUGACGGAGUCUUUUCUGCGAUUAAGCAAAUUUAUUUGACAAAAGUAUCAGAAGGAAUCUGCUCGAUUCAAAUUGAGUAUGAUCGAAACAGGCAAUCUGUGUGGUCUACAAAACAUGGUGGUAAUGGAGGAGACACCAUGCAUAGGAUACAACUGGAGUAUCCACACGAGGUAUUGACUUGUAUAUCUGGCUAUUAUGGAUCAAUCGGAAGGGAUGUGGAUCAUACAAUCAUAAAGUCACUGACAUUCCACACCAGUCGCGGUCAGUAUGGUCCAUAUGGCGAAGAAGUAGGGAAAUUCUUCACCUCAACCACUACAGAGGGCAAGGUGGUGGGUUUCCAUGGGAGGAAUAGCGUGUACUUGGAUGCUAUUGGAGUCCAUAUGCAACACUGGCUUGGAAGUCAGAAAACUUCAAGGUCUUCCCUCUUCAAGAUGUUUUGA